CUUCUCUUACAGGCUCAGCGUCCGGAAAAUACCGUGAUGCAGGCUCUGGAAUCACUCAAUGAUUCUCAAGUGAAUGACUUUCUGAGUGGCAAAACUCCUUUGAAUCUAAGCAUGCGACUCGGUGACCAUAUGAUGCUAAUCCAAUUGCAACUAAGCACAGUGAAUCCAGCAAAUGGUGGCAGUUCGGCAAGCGGCAAUCACAGCAGCGGUGGUGGUGCCGGUAACAGCUGCUCUGGUAGCAGCUCCUCAACAUUGCGUGCACGUUCCAGUCAACGUAACAAUCGCUCGGCCGUAACUACGGGCCACAGUCAUAACCAUAAUCACCACCAUCACCAUCAUCACCACCACCAUCAUCAGCCGACAACAGCUGCUGGUCACUCCUCAACAACAUCAACCAGUGCCGCUGCAGUAGUGAAUGGCUGUACAGGACAACAGCGCAGCAACAGCGGAAACGUUACCGCCAGCGCACGCAUACCAGUGGGCCCAACAUCGCAAUCGCUGAUGAGCAACACAGUCAACGCUACCACUAUGACCUCGCAUGCAGCUUCAAAAACGGCAACUAGCAGCAACGGCGCUUUUAAGAGUUCAGACCUGAGCGCAUUCUUGAGCAAGCGUGACUAUGAAAAUCUGCAGAAUAUUGUAAAGAGUAUUGCCAUGUCGCAGCCAGCGCGGUUAACUUCGCCUCCUACAGGUCACACGAUGGUUCAGCAGUUGCGCCAAUGCGCUCCUAACGUUGUGAGCAACAACAUUGUCACGUCCACCACGGCCAACACGGCUGCCACAGCUGGCCCGGCAGGCUUCCACAACUCGCGUGCUUCUACAGCGGCGCCAGAAGGUGCUAAUGCUGCUACUGCACUACUGGAACAGUCGCCCAUCAAAUCGCUUUCGAACCUCGUUUCCAGUCCCAUCAAAACGGCUGCCAUAAAGAGCAUUCCUAUCUCUAAAAGUAGUUGCGGUGGUGAAAAUUCUCACAGCAGCACCACCACCAACAGCGUUGCUGUCGAAGCUACAUGCCAGGACCCCAUUGCCGCUAAGCUCACCUCGUGUCUGUGUACACGCCUCAACGGCGGUGCAUCGGCCGACAAGGACACUUGCAUGGAUACCAGCUCGUCCUGUAGCGCAGAUGUUGGUAGUGUUACACCUACACAUACAGAGGCAAUGAUUGCAGAACAUGGUGGAGUCGUUGAGCCACAUCUAGUGACCAGUACAUUACAGAAGCUUAUUUCCGGUAGUGGCGGUAGCAGCACGCCUUUGUCAAACUCGUUGCACAAAACUGCUAACAAUCCAAUCACACGCUCGAAGCAUCGCAGUCAUCACCAUCACCACCACCAUCACCAUCAUCACCACUACCACCAGCAGCAGCUGCAAACUAAAACGCUUUCGCCUAUAUUGCGACCAAAGGCCAGCACUAGCGCCUUACCACGUCCUAUACCAUUAACCACGCAAGGCUUGGAUGACAGCGGAGUUGGCGCUGAUGCCGACACCAGCAUGACCAAUGCAUCCACUGGCAGCAUCAACACUAAUACAUCAUUGCCACUCGCUGCAACCGCAGCGCCAGCUACACCAGCAACACCGACGACCAACAGCGAAUUGGAUGAUUCCGGUGUUGCUGUCUCAGAUUCACGAAACCUAGCCGAGGCAUCGCGCAAUUUGACGCAGACGUUACGCAAACUCUCAAAAGAAGUGUUUACCAAUAAAAUUGAUUUAUCUGGCGGCGAGGAAACACCACGCAAAAGCAAUUCGGGCGCUGUUAUCGAAUCAAUGAAGAAUCACGGCAAAGGCAUCUACUCGGGUACCUUCUCAGGCACGCUCAACCCAGCGCUGCAAGAUCGUUAUGGGCGCCCCAAGCGCGACAUCUCCACCGUUAUACACAUACUGAAUGACUUGUUGAGCGCCACGCCGCAGUAUAGUCGCGGCGCGCGCAUUAGCUUCGAGGCGCCUUCCUCUUCUUCAGCGGCAGGUGGUAGUUCCAGCGCCAACGGCACGGUAGUGCAUGGUAUACGUAGCAAGCAGCUCUCCAUGAAGCACGGCCAUCACCAGCAUUCGCAGUCUUGUGUAAAAUACCUGAAAUCACAACAGCAGCACGGCAGCAGCAACGCUUGCGUUUAUGGCGAAUGCAACGGCCACUAUGCCAGCAGCACGAAAACCUCAUCCACUCGUAAAGAUGCUGCAGGCGCCACCACCAACACCUCCAGCGCCACUUCUCCGGCCGAUGAACGCACUAUAUGCAGCUGUCGGUAUCGCAGCAAUAGUGAGACCGGCGAACGCGAACGUGAACAAAUGUGCCAAAAAUGUGUAACCGACAUGGAGAAUUCGAAAAUGAAAUCGAAGAUCGACCAGCUGCGGCAAGUGAUGCUACAGAGCAAGCAACGUCGUGAGGCGCGCAAAUUGAAGGGCGCACCAUAUGGCGCGCGGGCGGCCACCGCCAGUUCUCCCACCAAAGCGGCAACAGCGGCAGCGGCAACCACCGCUAUCGCUGUAUGUGCAAACAGCAUCUCGAAUAGCAAUGGAGCGGCGACUGCAAUGCCUUCAAAUAAACCUUCCACAUUGAGUACAACAAGCACACAGCAGUUGGCAGCGGCCAACAACAGUAAUAACACAACCACGCCCAGCGAAGUGUCGCCCAAUCAUAUUGUGGAGGAAGUGGAUACAGCAGCUUAAAUAAGUGGAAGGUGCAUAUCACGGCUAUGGACUAAAGGAGCAGCAGUGAUCUGCGUGCUACGUCAGCAUGCGGCGCAGAAAUGGAAAAUCAUACCACACACAAUCACGAACACA